AUGAUUGAUGAUUACAUACAUGAAAAUAUUUCUUCACAUGACGCUGAACUUCGGGCUUUAAACGAUGUUAGUUGUACCUUAGAAUCCUUAGGUAAAAAUAUAAACGAUUACGAAAUAGUAUCAUUCAAUUUAGAUAUGAACGAAAAUGAUAAAUUAAGGAGAAUGGUUGAAGAUGAGACAAUAAAUCUAAAUAUUGAAGAAAGCUAUGUUUGUGUAGCAAGUUUAAAUAACAAACAACAAAUUGUAUAUGAUAUGAUUAUGGAAAAAAUAACAUCGGGAUCAAGUUGUGCCUUCUUCAUCGAUGGUCCAGGCGGCACAGGUAAAACAUUUUUAUAUAAAGCAUUGCUAAGUGCUAUAAAGUCUCAAAAUGCAAUUGCUUUGGCAACUGCAUCUUCUGGAGUAGCUGCAUCCCUUUUACCCGGAGGUAGAGCUGCUCAUUCAAGGUUUAAAAUUCCUUUGGAAACAAUAGGUGAAAUGAGUUACUCUGUUAGUAAACAAUCUGCUUUAGGAAUUUUGUUGAAAAUGUGCAAGUUAAUAAUUUGGGAUGAAACUCUUAUGGUAAACCAGUGUGCUGUCGAGGCUGUGGAUAAAAUGCUAAAAGAUAUUAACGAUUGUAAUUUACCUUUUGGUGGUAAAGUUAUGGUUCUCGAGGGGUUUUUGGCAAGUUUUACCAGUAGUACCAAGAGGGAAAAAAGAAGACAUAAUUAA